AGAUGGAGCAGUUAGGUAGAUUGUGUUGGCUCUCACUGGAAUCCUGAUACUUGUGGUACCGACCUUGGUUAUCUUCCGAACUUACACCAACGACUAGUAUUGGAUCGGUCGUUUGACAUGAAGCUAUGUGGUUUAAUCGCAAUCUUUUCUGUUAUCGGAGUAACAGCAGGUUCCGAGUUUGUGUACGCAGUGUUCCCUAUCAAGAGGCAGGUGGAAUACAGAGUACCCCUGUCUAACAGUGGACUAGGAGAGACCAGGACCCUGUCGGAGCUGAGUCUCUGUGGCUGGGUGGUUCACUAUAAUGUGUAUGUGAACCAGGACUCUUCUGUGAUGACUGUGGGGGAUCAGGGACAGUUCAGGUUGAUAUUGACGCAGGCUAACGCGUAUAUAGAUGUGGCUGGCUGGAGGAGUGAGAUGAUAGACCUGGUACAACCCAAUACUGACUGGUACCACAUCUGUGUAACCUGGACAAGUGUCCGGGGACAGUACAGGAUCUACGUUAACGGACUCCUGCAACUCAGUGGUUCUAACCUAGCAGCAGGGGAGUUGCUUGAAGACAUAACCUCGUUAACUAUCGGCAACAGUUCAGACAGUUAUGUGUUUGCAGGACGAGCUUCUUACGUUCAGCUCUACUCAAGAGUAUUGAACCAGUCGGAAGUGUUGGAGGAGUCGUGCUCUCAACGGUGUGCUGCCUGCACAAGGUCCCUUCUUCUAUCCUGGAAUGAGAUAGCUGCUCAAAUAUCCAGAACUGACAGCGUUUAUAACGACGAGCACAGUCCGAUCUAUCUGCCGCCUCCUUCUGGACUGCGAGUAGAGCUACAGAACCCCCAGAGUAUCAGAGCCAGGUGGUCCCCCGUCAGCAGACAGUUCCAGUGGUACAAUGUCAAGAUAUCUCCUUCUAACAGACUCCCCGCGCAACAGAUAGUUUAUACUACCGUCAAGGAGCACAUCAUUAUCAAAGACCUGUCGGAAGAUACUUUGUACCAUGUGAGGGUCUCAACACAAUCCAGAUGUGGAACUGAGACCUGGUCUAACCCUGCAACUAUUAGGACCAUGGCUGUGCCGGAUCCAGUGGGAGAUCUGCAGGUAUUGGGUACCACUAACAGUACUAUAACAGUGAGUUGGAGCUCUGGUGAGGAUGAUGUCCUGCAUUACAGGUCGGUAAUAUUUGCGACUGGGGACGGCUCCACACAGCGUCACAAGACCCUGAACAACACCUCCCUAAACUACACCUUCUCCGGACUCUACCCCAACACAUGGUACACGGUGAAGAUAGCCUCCUACAGCCUGCUCGGUAUCGGGGAAUACAGCGUCGUGACGGCUCUUACAUCCAGCAAUCCCGCUCCUGAUGUCGACGUUACAAUAAAUAUUGAGAUAUUGCCGGAGUUUGAGGUAGCGGUGAGCUGGGACGUGUCCGCGGAUCCGAGCGAGUCUUCCUUCCUCUACAAGCUAACUAUAAAGAAGCUGUCUGAUAAAUUAAAGAGGACCUCUUACUCCAAGCAGUUACCCGACUCUGGAGCAGAAUUCAAGGUUGACGGGAAGAACACUCCUUUUAUAGAGAUAAAGACGAGUCUGAGAGCCCUGACAGUUAAAGGUCUGGUCCCCUACGCGGCCUAUCACGUGUCAGUUGCUAUCUGUCCGGACCCGACCUCCCUCUGUCUCCUCACCUCCCAUCUUAAUAAGAUAUACGUAGCACAAGCUGAGCAACACUACUACCAACAAUUCUUCAGUGGAGGUCCUAUCAGUCAUAAGAUAGUUCAAGACAUGGUGCAACAUUUUACACAGAACAGCAACUUCAGCACACACUUCACUGUGACUAACAUAGCCCCCACUUCCUUCUUGGGAAAACUCACAUUUUCUAACCAGGAGGACGGAAGUAACCUGACACAAGGUGAGAUGUGGUACACUCUGUACCGGGCACAGGGCACAACAUUCCAGGACCUUCUACUCGGCUCUUCCUUCCAGCUCUCUCCUGUCAGACCCUCAGGAUACUGUGACUAUCUAAACGACGAGGAGCAGGGUAGAGGUAACUUCACCUGGCCCUAUGCCAUGGAGGACACAAUCACCACUUUACCUUGUAAUCUUAACCACCCGAACCUGACAGAAGUGCGGAGCAGGAAGUGUGGUGUGGGAGGUUGGGAGGAGGAGGCUGACUAUACACUGUGUCCCUACACAAAGUCUACUAGCGGGGACCUACAGCGACUACUUGAUACGGAGAUAACGAACGUGGACCAAGCAGUGGAAGUGAGUAAGAAACUAACAGAGGUUACAGCGGGUACCAUGACAACAGAGACUAUCGGCAUGGCCUCACAAGCAAUCAGUCAGAUAGUCUCCUCUGGGGUAAACCCUGAUAUUUCCUUCAGUGUCGACGUAGCCGUUAAUCUCGCAGGAGCACUUGGAAACAUUCAAUCACUGGAUCGUGGUCAACUGGCUCCGGAGGGCACUGCACUCGCUGCACAACAAAUAGUUACUGAUGUGGAAACUUACUGUCAGAACCUAACGGGGUCUGACUCAACGCUAGUCAACUACGCAUCACCUGAUCUCAAACUUGCUGUUGUAAAAUUGCCCUCCGAAACAGAUUCAGGCAUUUUCAUUGCAAGCAGUGCUGGUACCGACUCAGCGAUGUCAAUCGAUUACAAGAAAAAAGGUUCAGUCGGAGGAGCUGCUAGGAGCUAUAAGUGUGAACAUCCCCAACAAACUAGUCACUCCAGACUCUUACGUAUUGGCAGUCAUCUACAAGGACAAAUCUAUGUUCCCAGCCAACGACCAGGGGUUGUCUGGAGAUGACUUCAACAUCCCCAUACUAUCUUUGAGCGUGAAUACGGUUAAAAAAGACUCUGAACUGGCGGAGGAAGUUGAGUUCAGUCUGACACUGAGUGGUACUGGACGAGGGAAACCUGUAUGUGUUUACUGGAACACUGUUGAUCAGAGUUGGAGUUCGGAGGGAGUGGUUAUGGUGUACAGUGAUGAUAAGAGUAUAAUCUGUAAAACACAACAUCUCACUAGUUUCUCUGCUAUACUGUUACCAGCUCAAGACGACUACAUCCUGUCUAUCAUCUCUCAGAUUGGUGCUUCUAUCUCUAUAGUCUGUCUUUUUGCUACCGUCCUCCUCCUCUACAUUGUCAGGUGCGUAAGAGAGUGUUUGUCUACAAAGAUACACAUCAACUUUGCUCUGGCCUUGUUCCUGGCACUACUCUUCUUCAUGAUAAACGGCAGUACAACUUACCCGGGCACCUAUUGCAAGGUGAUGGCAGGUAUGACCCACUAUUUCUUCCUGACUGCAUUCUUCUGGAUGAGUGUAGAGGCAGUGGGCCUGUACAGGGCGGUUGUUCUUGUCUUCACCAGCGCCUCCAACAAUACCUUCCUCAUCGGAGCUUCUAUCAUCGCUUGGGGAUUGCCCGCUGUAGCAGUGAUAGCACUGUUAUCUCUAAAGGAAAACGUCUAUCAGAUACACACAAAUCUGAAUGUGUGCUGGCUGUCACGUGACUGGAUGUACGGAACCUUCUUCAGUCCCCUCCUGAUAAUGCUCCUCUUCAACUGCAUCGUCUUCUUCAGAGUCCUCUUCACCGUCAUGAGAAACAAACACUCCAGAACAAAAGGUACAAUGAAGCCUGGACAAAGAUUGGUAGAACUGCGGAUAAUAUUAUCCAUCAUGACACUUCUUGGGUUAACUUGGAUAUUUGGAGUUAUCCAGAUCUCUUAUCCUCACAUAGUCCUGGAAUAUUUCUUCGCUUUAACGAACACUCUGCAGGGCGUGGCAGUGUUUGUGUUCUACUGUCUCUACAACCCCAGUAUCAGACUAGCUCUCUGGAGAGUGGCUCAUGGCAAGUCUAUCAAUGAGUCCGCCUCCAAUAGUUCCUCUCACCAGAAGAAGAAGAAGAAGAAACGACUUAGUAUCCGGCAAGCCACCCGUCAGAAGAUCAGUAUUGUUAAGGCGCAUAUUGACGGCAAUCCAUUCGCUUUCACCACAACAGAAGGUGGGGCCACGCUGAGGAAGAUGGACAGGAAGAACUGGAAGAAGCUGAAGAAAAACGACAUCCAACACACAAACGCUCAACUAGCUGAUCCAAUAAACCCUAGAGGAGCCACUGUGCUGUGUUCUACUGGCCCCUCCUCUAUAACCAUGCCCACUGCUCUUACCACCUGUUACUCUAGGGAAUCAUCCCCCGAGUUUAAAGAAAUACCACCACCUAGCACACAUGAUGACGUCACUGCCCCUAAAGUUCGUGAGGUUACGUCUGAAAAUGAUGUCUCUCUAGAAAAUAUCGUAAUGUUGGAGCUUGAUAAGGACGAUGUGGUGUUGCGGGGCUCAAGUGAACGGUGCUCAAGUGAACAGUGUCCAACCCCAGUAGAAUCUCGACCAGAAUCUCGGUGUUCAGAUUCAUCUCGCGAGCUGGAUCAGUCUCAGAGCUCUUCGUAUGAUAAGUUGGAGGAGGAUGAGGCUGCUACCAUUUCUAAUUCUUGUGGUCUAACCGUGUGAGACGUGCUUUUUAUUGUAGAUUGGAUUCCGGAUACACUGAGCAAGCGAUAUAAAAUAUCAAAAAAAACAGUGAUAAUCGUUGGAGUUUUAGUAACGGUUUAAAAACUUGUGGUUUCCGCUUUCUUUGGCUACGAUACUCGAUAGUGCUCACAUUCGGAAACUUGUGGUGAUCCAUUCUUCCUUGUCACAGAGUAUUGAGUAAACGAUAUUCAUGACUAACGAAUUACAACUGACGAAAUGUAUAAGUUAUACUUAUAUGCUGUCAGAACCUGAACAUAUGAUAACAGAACUGUUAUGAUAAUUUUAAAAACUGUCUGAGAUCAGUUUCAGAUAGAACGUGCGAAUCGCGCAUUAGAGUUGUAACUUAUGAAGUUCAUUAACUUAUAAUUAAUUAGAGUUGUAACCUAUGAAGUUAAUCAACUUAUAAUUAAUUAGAGUUGUAACUUAUGAAGUUAUAACAAAUUGGAGUUAUAACUUAUGAAGUUCAUUGCAUUGAGUUUUAUUUGCAACUCAUAUUUUCUUAAUUUGGAGUAACUGUACUGUUAUGGAAUGGAUUUUUUGUGUGCUCCAAUUCACUAUCAUUUCCAAGUUCCUACAUAGUACAUUAUUUAUCGCUUUUAACAAAGUUAACAAUACUCAUAAGGCAUGUGUGAUUGUUUUAAUUAGAUCUAUUCGAUCGUAGAAUUUGUAGACAAAAGAGAUUUCAAUUGAAGUUUAAUGAUUCCAUGCCCUAACUUUCAUUUCGAUUAAAUACUCCAUAAAACAUAAUUCAUUUGAUUAAGUAUUAAUCCAAUUCUUUCAAUAUACAUACCACGGAUUUUAAAACAAAAACCUUUUAUCUCAAUCUUUAAUCCCGUAGAAAAUUUAAAAACGUUUAUUGUAAAAAAUCUAAUCUUGAAGAAUUUAACAUUUUACAAACAUGCAAA